GUCCCAGCGCGUCAUGUUGUUAGAAAACGAUCCUGAAUCAGUUCAACUUCACUUUGAGACCAAACUAUGUCCAGAAGGAAGCAAGUGAAGGACAAACCGGACAAGACGAGUCCAGAGGAUGAGAAGACUACAGGACAGACUCCAUCUGAAGCAUUACCUGCUCAGACCUUUGAUGAAUAUCAGUGCACAGGCAACGUGGAGAUCGACUUCCCUGGGCUUUGUGCUCUCCUGGACGUGAGGUGUGUCCCAGCUGUCGGCACCAAGCGACCAGCCUCCUCCUCCUCCUCCUCCUCCUCCAGGGCUGAAACCGAAGGAGAGGAUGCAAAGGACAUCCCCUCCCAGGUAAAGGACACGUCUCACUGGUCAAAGCCACGCCUCCAAGUGGAGCUGGAAAAUGAUGACCCGCUCUGUGCCAAGUGCCUGAAGGUUUCAGGAUGGAAGGUAGAUGAGCAGAUUGCCAGGGUGCUACAGAAGAUGCUUCCCUCCCUGAGCCACCUCCAGAGCCUUCAGUACUGGCAGGCGGGACUGACCGACCCGGUGGUCACCUCCCUCGUGAACACAACGCCACUGUGCUCCAGCCUCAGGGUGGUGUCAUUAGAAGGUAACACUCUGCCUGAUCACUGCUUCCCCACUCUUCUCUCUGAAGACAGCGUCCUCACUCACUUGUCCCUGAGAAACAACCGGAUAGGUGAUACCAGUGCUCGUGCUGCUCACAUCGCUCAGGGCCUGCGCUUGAAUCGGGCUUUGCUCUUCCUCUCACUGUGCAACAAUCAGAUCGGAGACUCAGGAGCUGCUCAUCUGGCCGCGGUCCUCGGCGAAUUUGCUCUGACUCACGAAGAAGUUGUGGAGAGAAGGAAGCUGCUUCUGGAAAGAUCUCAGUCUUCAUCUCUAAGGGUCAACUCUUACCAAACGCCCACUGACCCACUUCCCUUGGUGGCCAGCAGCACUUCACUGAAAGAGGACAACAAAGGCACGUCCAAAAAAAAGGAAGCAACGAAAAAAGAGGAGAAACCCGCAACCAGCAAAGAGAAGUCGAACAAGAAAUCCUCUGAUGUGAAGGCAACUCCGAGUAAAGGUGUGAAGCCCGGGGACCGAGAGGAGCAACCAAGUGCACAGGAGGUUCAGUCAAGCACAGCCCUGAAUGAGCAGCAGGUGGAGACGAUGGAGGUAGGGAACCCCCUGCUGGACGAGCCGCUGCAGCACAGGGCCGGGCAGCUCUUUCUGCCUGGAAACACAACUCUCGCCUCCCUCAACCUGACAGGAAACAGAAUCACAGAGCGGUCGCUGCCUCUGUUCCUGACGUCAGUGGAGAUGCAGGGUGAGGAUGGAGGGCUGCUGCGUCUCUGUCUGCAGAGAAACCGCUUCCCACCCGAGUGUGAGACCUAUGUGAAGAUAAAGGAGGUGAUGGCACUCAGAUACCAGAGAAGAACUGCUUGUGAUGAGACAGAAGAGGAGGGACAGGGGGCACUUGUGCUUUAAAUCUGUAAUGUUGCAUGCAUCAGUCCUGUGGGGAAUAAAAAGCCAGUGGCUGAACAGGAGGACAAUGUUAUUAUGAUUAAAAAACCAGAUGCCUGUU